AUGCGCAACUUCAUUGUACUUUGCCUGGUGGCAGUGGCCUGUGCGGAUCACUUGGGACAAGACUAUCAUCCCGUGGAUCGUUCGUAUAUACCUCCUGGAGAGAGCUCAUCGGCUGUGGGAGCAGCUGGCAGCAGUGUACAGGCUGCUUUUGAUGUUGGUAGCUCCGAUGGCUCAUUCGAUGUAGGCGGUUCUGGAGCAUCGUCCGUUGGUGUCUCUGGCUCAGAUGAUGCCGGCAUUGCGGUCUCAAGCUCUGGUAGUGGAUUUGAUGAUGGUUCUGCUGAUAUACCAAUCGCCGCCACACGUUCUGGAGCAGAUUUUGCAGCUUCCCAAGGCACUUUUGAUGCUGCUUCCAAUGAGGCGCCUGUAUCGAGCGGUGGUUUCGAAAAGGAAUUCUACACUUUUAGCGCUGACGAACAAGAUUUCACUGACCCCUCGGCCUCUGAACAAAUCGCCAAUUCCGUAAAGCAAGGACUCCGUGUUGUCUUCAUUAAGGGACCCGAAAAUCGUGCUUUGGAAGAUGCUGCCCUCUCUUUGGCUAAAUCCAGUGCCAACCAAAAGACUGCCAUCUAUGUGCUCAACAAGCAAACUGAUAUCGCCGAAUUGGCCAACAAAUUGAAUAUUGAAUCCAGAAAUGCCAACAACAAGCCUGAGGUACACUUUGUCAAAUACCGUACCCAGGAAGAUGCUGUCAGCGCCCAACGUACCAUUCAAGCCGAGUAUGAUGCUUUGGGUGGAAAUUCUCAAAAUAUUGAUGGCGGUGUGGCACCUGCGCUCAACUUUGCUUCGACUUCCCCAAUUGGAGGUGCUUCUGUUCGCCAAGGUGCUGGAAUUGGUGGGGGAGCGUCGGGAUCUUUUGGUGGAUUUGGUGGUGGUGCUUCUUAUGGCGGUGUUGGUGGUGGUGCUUCUUAUGGUGGUGUUGGUGGUGCAGGCUCCUUUGGUGGUGCCGUGGGUGCUGGUUCAUUUGGUGGCGCCUUGGUUGCCGGUUCACAUGGUAGCGCUGGUGCUGCUGGUGGAAACCUUGGCUCAACUUACCUUCCAGCUUCAGUUCUCCGACGUCUUCGUCACUAA